AUGACAACCUCAUCUAAGAGAAGCAAAAGAAGUGAACCAGCAGCAUCAGUUGAGCCUAUAGAAUUCAGCAAAGAUCAAUAUUCCAUUCUUAUGGAGAUAAAAGAUCAGCAUGCGCUAAAGGCACCAGCUGAUAUGAAAACUCCUUACAGAAUUAGGGAUAAAAACAAAUAUUGCCACUUUCAUAAAGAUUGUGGUCAUGAAAAAAAUGAAUGCAAACAUUUGAAAAGAGCUUUGGAGGAUUUAUCUUGUAAAGGGAAGAUGAAUUCAUAUCUUCCUCAAGGAGGGAAAAAGUUUCAUAAGCGGAAUGACCGUCAGAACCGAAGAAAAGAAAGUGAAAGCACUGACGAAGAUGUAGUGCUUGUCAUAUCUGGAGAAUUUGCAGCAGGAGAUCCAACCAACCAAGGACAUAAGAAUUACUUAAGGGAACUCGGCCAGAUCAUGCUUACCGAUCGGGCAGAGUCUGAUCCCUUCCCUAAGGUAGUCGUCAGCGAGCUGGAUCGUGGGAAGAUAAGAACCCCCCAUGACGACCCUUUGGUUGUGGAAAUGAAAAUUGCAAACCUGAGAGUAAGAAGAAUUUUGAUUAAUACGGGGAGUUCGACCGAUAUCAUCAGUGCAUAA